AUGCAAGUCAAGUCCGUCCUAGCCCUAUUCGCCGCUGCCUCUAUUGUCAACGCCCACGAGGGCCAUCACAGCAACAACACCACCAACGCGUCCUCCUCCUCUUCUGCCAGCUCGAUCGCUACUGGCGCUGCUGCCGUUAACGGUCUAGGCGCUGGUGUCUUCGGUGCCGCCGUUGCCGCCGGUAUUGCCGCUUUGUUCUAA